ACCAUCUUGGAGUUCAUGAAAUAAUUAUGUAUGUUGUGUCAUGUUGUGUUGUAUCGUGUUGUUUUGUAUCGUCUUUGUGCUGCUAGAGCCUGAUACGGUGCCCAGGGAGCACAGAGCUCCUCCAUCACAAGACUCUGUGACCUGAGAAUUGCCAAGCUGGUGAUCCCAUGGCACUGGGUUUUUCUUUGACCAUGAUGCUUUCUCUGGCUCUUGUGAGGAAACUCUGGCUGGUUUUGUGUGUAUGCGUAAGAGAGAUUUCCUUGGUAUGUUUGUAUGUUCAUUUUCCUGGCUUAAUUUAUCUCCUCUUUCUUCAGAAAGAUAUUGUGGGAUCAGCGCGACAUCAGCUAGAGACUCCUUAGUCUCACAACCUUAGAGUGCUUGUACAAAGUACAGGAGGCUUUGUACUUGUCAGCUUUAUUCUUCCCUGGAUGAAAAUCAUUAUCUUAUCUUAGCAAUAGUCAUGCUGGAACAAACCCAGCGGUCCUUUAGGUCAAUGUAAUGUGAGCAACACAGGAAGCUUUAGAGGAAGGCAAAAAUUCUUAAUGCAUCUGUUCAUCUGUACAAUGCCGAGACCUGAAGUUAAUUUAAGGGCAUUUCUUUCCAGGCCUUGCCACAGAGCAGCAGGGCCUCAGAGGGGCAGCCACACUAAAUAUAACUUUCUAAUUAAGAGUCCCAUGUAUAUUAUUACACUGCUGCGGUUGCUGCCUUGACUUGGUAAAAGGUGUCUCCUCGUUAAGCAUGGGGUGGACGAGUUGUCCUGAAAAAGCUGGUUGUCCUCCAUCACCUUGGAGUUCUUAUGCACUUGCAGCGCUACAUCUUGAUGGCUGUUCUUGGGCAAUUCCCACAUCUGAAUUAACACUGGUGUGAAUGCGUGUUUUCAUGUUAAUCAUCUUAUAAAUCACUGAGUGGUUAGGUACACAUCUCAUGCGGAUGUUAGUUGUCCAGAUGACUUAAUACUGUCUGAAAGUACUGCAGAAGACUGGCUGUGUCCUCAGAGAAGCUGUGUUGCAGCCAUAGUGUAGAGGGGCAGAAGCAAGCAUCCUGUCCUACCGCAUUUGCCUUUAGUCAGUUUGUCAUGGUGCUGUUGUUUGUGUGAACUGAAGUGAUAAUUCACAGUCUGCUCAGCUGCUAUGAGUAUGUAGAGAUCUGCCUCUGGGCCCCUGUGGACCCACCAUAUUCUACCACACGCUCAAGUGGAAGCCCAAGUGGCUGAAGAGACCCUCUUGGAAACCUCUGACAUCUCCAUGAGCUUAUCUUGCGGCCAGCUGUGCUCUGUGAUGCAUUUGCUAAAGGAGCGCAGAGGUGUUCUUCAAAGCGAGCAUGACGUGCUAGGCUGGAGAAGCAUUGCAGCCACGGCCAGGCAGGCACUUGGAGGUGAUCAGAGAAAGGCAUAAAAAUCUGUAUGUCUUCUUUCUGUUUAAAAGACUCUAAAUUCCCUGCUGGUGAGCCUGUCAAGUGAAGUGGCAAGCUCUACUAACUUAAAAAAAAAAAAAAAGUAGCAUGGUCCCCAGGUUCUGUUUCUGUUAGUAGUUUCUGAGCCACCUCAUUAAUGGAGUUGAGAACUGUAAUACAAGGAAUUGUUGUGUGUUUUCUAGCUUUCUCGUAGGGCCAAAUCGUUAGGUUGGCUAGGGGAAGAAAUCACAGAAAAAGAAGAAGGAUCCAUUCUCUAAAUCCCUUCCAGUAGUUGUUACAGUCCCUAAUAGGGGAAAUGUUAGGACAGAGACCCAAAGCUCUGUCCAUAGAAAAUCUUCAACAGGGCGUGUUGCAAACCAGAUCUGUUGUUACGAAUUCACACAAGAAAUGGUUGGGGUUCCCAGCUGGCGUCGAAACCCAGUACAUAACCCUGCCAUCCAGGCCAGCACUUUUUACGGUGCCUUACUCUAACUGUUUUGAGUCUUGCAUCUUUUCUGCAUUCUUAGAAUUGCUCUUCUUAGAGGGGAGUGGUAGCUUUUGCUCCAUAACUCUUAUGAAAGCAUGAAUAUUCUUUAAAAGCAUACAAAAGCAAAUACAGCAUAAAGCAGCGUCUUGUUUGGGAAGCCAUCAAUGCUUGAAGUUAUUUACAAGAUAGAAGAAUGAUGGAAAUUGAACCAAACCUAUCGUCUUUUGAAUUUCCAGGAGACAAAAAGCUACAGAAGGAAAAGUCAGAAAAGAAUGCAGAUAAUCAAGAAGACACAAGGGGUCCACUCCACUUCACCACAUUGAAGCAAGGGAAGAGCCCCUACAAGCGCAGCUAUGAUGAGGGGGAAACCCACCCCCAAACAAAGAAAAAAAAGAUUGACCUCAUCUUCAAAGAUGUCCUGGAGGCUUCUUUGGAGUCUGCCAAAUUUGAAGAGAAACAGUUAGCAACAAGUACACCGCUUUCCACAAGAGCAACAUCUAAAUACCAGGCUGAAGAGAUCUUUGAGAGGUGUGGCAAUGCCAUGCAGCACGGCUCCCUAAACCUCAGCAGAAACCGAAGCGAAGAGGAGUGGAAGGCCGCUCAUGGUUCCUCUUUCAAUUCUGCCAAAGAAGUGGGAGUCCUUGAAGAUGAGGAAGAAGAGCCUCUGUCUCUGAAAGCAGACAGCCCUACCGAGCUGUCACUGGCUUCUGCAGAAGGCAACUCCCACGAAAUUCCUACCACCUCCUUCUGCCCGAAUUGCAUCCGGUUGAAGAAGAAAAUCCGAGAGCUACAGGCUGAGUUAGACAUGCUGAGAUCUGGGAAAUUACCCGAGCCACCUGUGCUACCACCACAGGUAUCUGAGCUCCAAGAGUUCUCAGACCCCACAGCUUCAGAAAGUAUCAUCUCUGUUCCCACCAUCAUGGAGGAUGAUGACCAGGAGGUGGAUUCUGCUGAUGAAUCAGUUUCCAAUGAAAUGAUUGCUGCUACAGAUGAGCCUUCCAAGAUGUCUUCUGCGACGGGACGGAGGAUACGUCGGUUUAAGCAAGAGUGGCUUAAGAAGUUCUGGUUUCUGCGGUACUCCCCGACAUUGAAUGAAAUGUGGUGCCAUGUCUGUAGGCAAUACACAGUGCAAUCCUCUCGGACUUCAGCUUUCAUCAUUGGCUCGAAGCAGUUCAAGAUACACACAAUAAAACUUCACAGCCAGAGCAACCUCCACAAGAAGUGCCUGCAGCUUUACAAGCUCAGAAUGCACCCAGAGAAGACAGAAGAGAUGUGCCGAAAUAUGACUUUGCUCUUCAAUACAGCCUACCACUUGGCACUGGAGGGCAGGCCCUAUUAUGACUUUCGGCCUCUGGCAGAACUAUUGAGAAAGUGUGAACUCAAGGUAGUAGAUCAAUACAUGAAUGAAGGUGACUGCCAAAUCUUAAUCCACCAUAUUGCCCGGGCUCUUCGGGAGGACCUUGUUGAACGCAUCCGACAGUCUCCCUUCCUCAGCAUCAUUCUGGAUGGGCAGAGUGAUGAUGUGCUUGCUGACACAGUUGCAGUGUAUGUGCAGUACACAAGCAGUGAUGGGCCUCCAGCAACUGAAUUCCUGUCUCUUCAGGAACUGGGCUUUUCUACAACAGACAGUUACCUCCAAGCAUUAGACAGGGCCUUUUCCAGCCUGGGAAUUCGAUUGCAGGAUGAGAAGCCAACUAUUGGCUUGGGUGUUGAUGGUGCUAACAUUACCGCCAGCCUGAGAGCAAACUUGUUCAUGACAAUCAGAAAGACUUUGCCAUGGCUUCUCUGCUUGCCCUUUAUGGUACACAGACCCCAUCUGGAGAUUUUGGAUGCAAUCAGUGGGAAAGAACUGCCAUGCCUGGAGGAGCUGGAAAACAAUCUGAAACAGCUGCUCAGUUUCUAUCGUUACUCUCCCCGACUCAUGUGCGAGUUGAGGGUCACUGCUUCCACCUUGUGUGAGGAGACUGAGUUCUUGGGUGACAUUCGAGCAGUGAAAUGGAUCAUUGGGGAGCAGAAUGUGCUCAACGCUCUCAUCAAGGAUUACCUUGAGGUUGUGGCCCAUCUCAAGGAUGUCAGCGGCCAGACCCAAAGGGCAGAUGCUUCUGCGAUUGCCUUGGCCCUCCUGCAGUUCCUGAUGGACUACCAGUCAAUUAAACUUAUCUACUUCCUGCUGGAUGUGAUUGCUGUACUUUCACGUCUUGCCUAUGUCUUCCAAGGGGAGUACCUUCUUGUGUCGCAAGUGGAUGAUAAAAUAGAGGAAGCUAUUCAGGAGAUCAGUCGGCUAGCAGACUCACCAGGGGAGUACCUGCAGGAAUUUGAGGAAAACUUCCGUGAAAGCUUUAAUGGUAUUGCUGUGAAAAACCUACGGGUGGCUGAAGCCAAAUUCCAGUCAAUCAGAGAAAAGAUCUGCCAGAAGACCCAGGUGAUCCUAGCCCAAAGGUUCGAUUCUCGUAGCCGGACAUUUGUGAAAGCCUGUCAGGUAUUUGACCUUGCAGCUUGGCCCAGAAGCACUGAUGAGCUCAUGAGCUAUGGGAAGGAGGAUAUGGUACAAAUAUUUGAACACCUGGAGACAGUCCCAUCUUUUUCCAGAGAGGUUUGCAGAGAGGGAAUGGACACCCAAGGGAGUUUGCUGAUGGAGUGGCGAGAACUCAAGGUGGAUUAUUAUACCAAAAAUGGUUUUAAAGACUUACUCAGUCACAUUUGUAAAUACAAACAGAGAUUCCCUCUCUUAAAUAAAAUAGUUCAGAUCCUCAAAGUCCUUCCCACCUCAUCGGCCUGCUGUGAGAAGGGGCGCAAUGCCCUGCAGAGAGUGCGCAAAAAUAACCGCUCUCGGCUCACACUGGAGCAGCUCAGUGACCUGUUGACGAUUGCUGUCAAUGGGCCGCCCAUUGCCAACUUUGAUUGCAAGCGGGCACUAGAUAGUUGGUUCGAGGAAAAGUCGGGCAACAGUUAUGCGCUGUCAGCUGAAAUGCUGAGCAGGAUGUCAUCUCUCGAUCAGAAGCCGAUGUUGCAGAGUGUGGACCAUGGCUCUGAGUUUUACCCCGAUAUUUAGGAAGGAAUGUCUCAGAUCUGAAAGCUGUUGAAUAUUUUUUUUUUAAUCUAUACUCUAAACUUUGAUAUAUUAUAUAAAGUAUAUAUAUAUAUUAUAUAUAUUAAGGAAAAACCCACACUGAAAAUUUUAAAAAUAAGACGAUGUGCGUCUGAUAGAAGCUAAGCAGAAUUUUAAAGAUUGAGACAAUGUUUAGAAAUUUACUGGUGUCUCCGACCAUGGCAGCUGCAGUGUAGGUGGCAACAUUUCAUUCUUUAGAAGCAUGUGCUGGGGCCAUACUCUACAUGUUCAAACCUAACAAUCUAUAAGCUAGAUGACGGGUCUUUGUUGGCCUUCUCCUCCCGGCGGUUUCCUUUAUAUGUGUGUUGUCGGUUUGUUGGGUUGGGUUUUGUGUUUUUUGUUGUUUUCAGUUUCAAUCUCUGCCUCUCUUUUCGUAGUUCAGUUCAGUUAUUGAGCCAUUUGAACCUUUUGUUGACGACCGUCAGAUUUCUGAUUUUCGACAGAGCAUCCUGUGUGUUUAUGCUGUCCCUGGAUCUUCCAGCUCCAUCUGGUUCUCUCUGUUGGAGUGGAAGCUUUCUGCACUCACAGAGACUUCUGGGAUUCUGGAAAGGCUGGGGCCGGGAUUUUGGUUUUUUUCUGAUUCAGAAACAGAUGCCUCCACUAAACUGUGAUACCCCUUUCUCAGUUCUCCCUACUUUUGAGCUGUAGAGUAAUACUUGGCUUUCAGCUCCUUUUAUGAUAACCGUAGUACCAGUUUAUCAUACGUAUAUUAUAACAUGAUGUCAUGUGCAGACUAUAAAAUAGCAAAAUAGAGAAGGCAGGGGGAAAUUUUUGCAUUUAUAUUUUUAUAUUGUAGGAAAUAAAUAUAUAUAUAUAUAUAUACACACACACAACUAUUCAUACAAAACCAGGGCUGCUGUGGAAGCUAGACAGCCAAUGAGUCAAAAGCCAUCUCUGGGCAGAGAUUCAAAGGCUUAAAAAAAUUAUAUUCUUUAAAUUUACGUUAUUUAUACUAUGUCUUUAUAAUCCUAGACCGUUGUGGGGGUUUUGUUCUGUUUUGUUUUGUUUGGAAUAACUGAAAGAAAAACCUGCUGCAGUUUGGUGGCAGGGGCUAUCAAUGCAAGAUUAUCUUGGAUUAUAAACAUGUGAUGAUGUCCUGUAAAGAUUCACGUAUUCUCUUGUGACCAAGGUAACAUGUUCCACAGCACAGCAGACUGAUGACAGCAGGAAGAAGGGAUGCUCUGCUUCUUCCUGUGAAAUAUUUCUUCCUUUCUUGAAGGAAUGCAGAGUCCAGCCAAAAUGUGAAUAGGGGACUUGCACCUUCUAUCACAGAGGAGAUUGUUCUGUGGGCUUGGGGUUCUUUGUUGUUUUAUUCUUUUAAAGUAAAUGAGCUCCACAUGUUCACACAGUAUCACUACUUCAGGUUAGAAAAGCAAAAAAAAAAAAAAAAAAAAAAAAAAAAAAAAAAAGAGAGAGGAAAAAAAAGAAAAAAAUAGAAAAAAAAAUAGAAAAAAAAAAUAGAAAAAGAAAGAAACUAACAAGGUGCAAAAACUCCACAGAUGCUAGUGCCUUGCCCCGCUGAUGUGGCAUGGACAGCACCAACCUGACCAGACCAUCAUGGGAGUGAGAAGCUGUUGUUCAGAAGGUCUCUGAGCUGACAAGUUCUUACUUCCCAGAGGGAUGAGCUUUGUGCCAAGCUGUGUUGUUUGGAAACAUGAUGGUGGUAUCAGCAACACUGAACCUGUCCUUUCUCCUGUUACCCCCCUGCCCUUGGUCUUGGUGCUAAGAUAUCUCUAGAACCAUUGCUGCUAGUUGAUAGCUUUUCAUUUAUAUAAAUAUAUAUAUAUAUAUAUAUAUAAUAUUAUUUUAUUUUUUAAACUUUUUCAUUUGUUUUCAAUGGAGAUGUAGCAUGUUUGGAACCGAUCUCUCUCGGAGUCACUUUCACUGCCAGGGUUCACACACUGUCUUCCCCAGGAAAACACGCACUUCUACCUAGAUCUCACCUCCCACUAACCCAUUUGAACUCAGUAGACCUGCACAAUGGACACCAGUGUGCAGCAAAGCCACUGCAAACCAUAUCAGCUCUCAGACUCAUGGACACGGCUCACCUGGUGUUUGUCAGAGCUUUGGAAAUGCUUCCCCUCUAUCCCUGUGUAGAGGAGGAAAGGUGGAGCCUGCUUAGAGCACUCACAGGGCAAACCCUUCCGUCCUCUGCCCUGGCUUGGCCCCAAAGCAGUUGAAGAGGGGCAGAGCAGCCCCUGCAAGGCCAGUGGGUUGCGAUCUGUAGCACUUACUCACUUUCCCCCAUGCUGUACCUCAGAUAGCACGUGCUGCCCAUCUCUGGCUCAUUGGGACAGUUGGAGCAAACGUGCCAGGGCCCCUGGUUUGCCUCCUGUAGCCUUCAGGCAUGUUGCAAGCAAGGCCAGGGCAUUAAGCCUAGGUAUCAAUAUGCAACACCUAGUGAGCAAAAAAUUAUUUCAUUUGCAUAAACUGUUUUAAUUACUUUUUUUUUUUUUUUUUUUUUUUUUUUUUGUCCUGCCUUUCCUGAUAAGUUAUGUGAUCAAAUUGACCCAUUUAUCUAAAGGAGCAAGAGUUAAGCUGGAAACCCUCUGGCACAGUGAGCAAGGCAGCUCUUUGUGUGGUCACAGCACAGGGAUCUCUGUGCACAAGAUGUCUGUGGCUCUGCUGAUGGUGCUGCCUUAAAGCUGCCAGAGCUGUUUCCUUCCAGGGAGCUGGCAGGUCCUCCCAUUAGAUACGCUUUGAGGAGAUGUAAAAAGCAAAAAGCGAGUCCCUGUAGAAGAAUUGCUGCUUCAUGAGCCUCUGGCCCAGAGAUGAGCGAGGUAAACUUGGAUGUUUAGAGACAGGCAGAUGGGGAAAAAUACUGCUCAAGUGUGCACAGAUGCAUGGGAAACUGGGGCAGAGGGAGUAAAAAUAACAAGAAGAGACUUUCUGUAAGCUGCACUGGGUGCUAGGGAGGCUGGCAAGGCAAUUUCCCUCCUCCCCUGUUUUUUAAUUUACUUCUUUGCUCAACUCUGUACCUCUUUGUAGGGGAGAAAAGGAAAUGAUCUGCCUUUCUGUUAGUGGCACUGAAAGCUCCUUGGAACAUGGCUUUUUUCAUGGAGGCCAUCAAAUGGCCUGGCCUAUGUGAGGGAAGGAGCACUUGGCAACAGUGUCCAGGAACCUCAGUAAGCAGGGGCAACAUCCCAGUGCUUGUUCUGAGCCACCUAAACCACCUGCGUGCAGCCUCUGAGCACUUCUGCUUUUUUGCUGCUGGGCAGAAAAUGGUGCCCUGCCUUGAUCAGCAAGGUAAAAGCCACCAGGGACUUGUUGAGAAAUGAUUCCUGUUGUUUGUCUCUCCUUGUUGGUUGCUUUGCAAAUCCCAUUCCCAUCAGUGACAUCUUUCUCCCAGGUACUUAUUCCCAGUAGCAGUGGGUGGCUUUUUCUCCAGCAGAAAAAGGGAAAGCACUUGUUUCUUUUGCGAUAACUCUGCAUGCAAUUGCGAGCAGCAGUGUCCACGGGAAGAGCAUUUUCCCAUGACUGGACAUUGCAGAUAGCUGUGAACAGCAAAGGUCAGAGAUCCUUUGCAUUGGUUAUUGGGGGAAAUGAGUGCUCGGUGCUGCAGCAAUAAUGCAAACAAUUCCCCAUCAUCCCCCAUCAGAAAAUAGACGCAGCCUUUGUACUAGACAAGCACAGGUGCUUUGCAAGCUUUCCCUCCAGGUUUAUCCGCCUAUCUCAGAUCUGUAGCUAUUACUCACAUGGAUAGUCCUGUGGAUGGAAACGUGACUGCCGGCACGAGCAAGGCUGCGGGAGGGGGAGAGGAAUAACAAUGCAAAGCGCCCUCGGCUUUUCGGUGCCCUGUCUGGCCAGCCUUGCCUGAGAGCAGGUGCUUUUUGGUGCUCUGUGUGCAGCCAGCUCCGGGCUGUGAGGCAGGGAGGGUACCUGGAGGGCAGAGAGAGGCCGACCCAAGUGGGAGGUCGCGGUACUUCAGCUUUAAUCAGUGCCUUCCUGCUGCUCUGAACAGAGGGGAAGCUGUUUUGUAUGUGUUGCUCACAGUUUCAUGAGCAGUUGCAGUAGCAGAGAGAAGGUUUUGUUUUUCUCAGAUGAAGUCUUUAUCUUCUCCUCCCCUUCCUAGCUAGGGCAUCUGACUGUGAAUAAUACGCACUUCUCCAGACCCCAGAGCUUUUAUUUCUGGCCUGUGGGCUUUUGGGUUGCCAAUUUCCCCUACCCACUUCUUGCUCAGGCUCCUUGACUCUUACCGCCUGCUGCAAAGCAGAACCCAUGAAGCACAUGCAGACGUGUCCUUCUGCAGGGCUCGUCGAUGGCUGGAGCAGCCAGCACCCUCCGGCCACAAGACCGAACUCAACAGGGAUAAUCUUUAUGAAACAAGAGACCAAAGCUCUUCCUAUACCAGCAGCAGCAUGCGGGAGCCGCAGGAUGAGUGGCAGAGGACAGGGUACCCACGUGUCUUCUGCGCUGGGGCUUGUGCUGACCCUGGCUGUGUCCCCCGUGCCGGUUGAGCUCUUGCUGAUAGGAAUUCUGAGUCAUGAUUGAGGCUCCAUCUAUCUCUUUCUCAUAGCACAAACUCAACCAGGUGGCCCACAGGGUCUUCGGUGUCCCCUUUCCUUCUUAUCUUAUCCGUAUUGCUGUUUGUUUGACCAAUGGGUAAAACAACCAAAACAGGCUUGCAAAUAAGCAGCAACAUGCUCUGCUUUUGCAGAUUCCCCUCUCAGCCCUGUCAAAAGAGGUCUUAAAAGCAGAGAAAUGGUACGUUGCUCCCCCAGCCAUUGUAUUCAAUGCAGUAACGCCUAUGCAAUUCCUGUCUCCCUUGGAGACAUGUAUGAUGUGUGUGCAUGUAAGCUAGUGUAUGUAUACAGUACAUAUGCAUACCGUCUAUAUAUUGUAUAUACGCACAUCCCAGUACAUAUACACACCAUACAAAAGAUAAAAUCACACGCUUAUAUAUCUAUAAAUAAAAUCCUAUAUAUUUAUAUAUUUCUAUGUUUUCAAUAGAUAUAAAGAUAUAAUAUAGAGAUGAUAGAAUCAACCAACCUUGUGUAAGGCUGGCCCUGUGUUCUGGCACAAGGCAUGUAACACUGAAGACGUUGGACUUUGGGGUGGUUUUAGCCAUACACUGAGGCCUACAUUUACGUGUACAGCACUCUGCAGGGGGAAGCUUAGCUGCAGUUAGGGCAGUGGGUCCCCUGUUGGCAUGUUAACCAAGUGCUUGAUAAGGUUUGUCUAAUGGGAAUGUCUCAGUGUGGGAACACGCUCAAGUAUCCUUGUCUUCUGAGUAAGCCUUUGUAAGGUCCAGCGUGCUCACAGCUGGACAGACACAUAUCCCACCCUCAUAUGCACUUUUCUGUCUCUGCACGGAUGUGGUUGGCAGCUCAGCAUACCCGUGCUGCAAAAAUGUGGCUCUGCUUUUCCCAUCCUCCAUCGCUAGCACAGCACGGAACAACCAUGUGUUUGUGCCCUGUUUCGCAUGUGGCUGUCGGUCAGAAGCACAGCGAUGGAGCUGGAAUAGGGCAAGGAAAGCCAAUGCUUUAUGCAUGAGGGACGGUUACAGGAUCAGAGCUGGCAGGGCACUCUGCUGAGCCCAAGCAGCCAAUACAAAGUGGCCGUGGCACGUCAGCCAUGCUGUGUCCAUGCACCUCUCCUCAGAGGCCCGGCCACAUGGUGGGCUGCUACAAAGACAGGCUGCUGCUGGGCUGGCAGGCACUGGCGGGGCCUGGCAGCCCCUCACUGCUCUCUCCGUUGUCAUUUUCACCUUCUUCUGGGAGGAGGGUGGGCGUUAUCCUGACCGUUGGUUACACUGGUAUCGCAUUGUGCGAGCUCCCCCAAACUCCACACCCCCAGGCUUCUUGCCUCCACACAACUGGUAAUCCACCUCAGCCGUGUCCCGCCUCAGCUGCGGGCAGCUCCCGGCCCCGUUCUUCACCAACCUCAUGGAGGGUCUCCUCUCCCCAGCCCCCUCCUCCAGAUGCCACUGACACUCAUGCAGGCCUGGCAAGCGGGCACACUGCUGCCAGGCCACGGACUCUGAUGCACUGCACCUCACGUCAAAUAAGCUCGCUGUGCCAGGUAGGGGAAUGCAUCUCCAAUGCUGUAAUGUCCCAGAUGCUAUGGGAGGGCUGCAAAGCUUUCUGCCAAUGUGGGGUCCUCACCCAACUGUUGACGAGAUGUGUUUCUCUUUCUUGCUUCCAGAAAGCAGAAAGUUUUGUCCCAGACCUCUCUGUACCCCCACCCAAGCACAGCCCUGCUGAACUGUUUCAAGCUGUCUCUCACUCACCCACCAUACACACACACACACACACACACAAUGAGAGAAAAAUAUCUAGAAGUCUAUUACUACAUAUGUAUUAAUAUGUUAAUAUCACUCUUUUGGAGAACAUUAAAAUGUUAUUACUUUACAGACUAUGCUUUAUAGUACCUGUGUGAAAGGACCUAGGACACUGGAUACGAAUAGAGCUAUGUUGAUAUAUCAUAGUAUGUACACGAGAACUUCCUUUUGUCAUAUUAUCCUUGUAAUGUAAAAUGAUUGUUAAUAAAAACAAACAAAAAAAAAAACCAAAAAACCAACAACAUUUAAAUCGA